GAGGAAGCGGAGGAGAAGAGGGAAGGAGGGAGCGCGAGGGAGGGAAGCGAGAGCCGAGGGACAACUUUUCCACCCCGCAUUCCUGGUAGCAGAGAGCUGAAGUAAUGAGAAGGCAUCAUGGAGGCCCAGUCCCACAGCUCCACAACCACUGAGAAGAAGAAAGCGGAGAAUUCCAUAGUGAAAUGCUCCUCGCGAGAUGUCAGCGAGAAAGCCGUGGCCUCCAGCACCACUUCCAAUGAGGAUGAAAGUCCUGGACAGACCUAUCACAGAGAGAGAAGAAACGCAGUCACCAUGCAGCCACAGAGUGUCCAGGGGCUUGGCAAGAUCAGCGAGGAGCCUUCGACAUCCAGUGAGGAGAGGGCCUCACUGAUCAAGAAGGAGAUCCAUGGGUCCCUGCCGCACCUGGCCGAGCCCUCAGUGCCAUACCGCGGGGCCGUGUUUGCCAUGGACCCCCGGAACGGUUACAUGGAGCCUCACUACCACCCUUCUCAUCUCUUUCCUGCAUUCCACCCUCCCGUACCAAUCGAUGCAAGACAUCAUGAGGGGCGUUACCAUUAUGACCCGUCUCCAAUUCCUCCACUGCAUGUGCCUUCUGCCUUAUCUAGUAGUCCAACGUAUUCAGACCUGCCCUUCAUCAGGAUCUCCCCACACCGGAACCCCGCUGCAGCCUCCGAACCCCCCUUCAGCCCUCCACACCCCUACAUCAACCCCUACAUGGACUACAUCCGGUCUCUUCACAGCCCGUCCCUCUCCAUGAUCUCGGCAGCUCGGGGGCUCAGCCCCACAGACGCGCCCCACGCCGGGGUCAGCCCCGCGGAAUACUAUCAUCAGAUGGCUCUGUUAGCUGGCCAGCGCAGCCCCUACGCGGACAUCAUUCCCUCGGCCGCCACCGCCAGUGCUGGGGCCAUCCACAUGGAGUAUCUUCACGCCAUGGACAGCACCAGAUUCCCCAGCCCCAGGCUGUCGGCCAGGCCGAGCCGAAAACGUACGCUGUCCAUAUCACCGCUGUCCGAUCACAGCUUUGACCUUCAGACGAUGAUAAGGACGUCUCCCAACUCCUUGGUCACGAUUCUCAAUAAUUCUCGCAGCAGCUCUUCGGCAAGCGGUUCCUACGGCCACUUGUCUGCGAGCGCAAUCAGCCCUGCCUUGAGCUUCACCUACCCUUCUGCACCCGUGUCCCUCCAUAUGCAUCAACAGAUCUUGAGCCGACAACAGAGCUUAGGCUCGGCCUUUGGACACAGCCCUCCGCUCAUCCACCCUGCUCCAACGUUUCCAACACAGAGGCCUAUUCCUGGGAUCCCUACGGUUCUGAACCCCGUCCAGGUCAGCUCGGGCCCUUCGGAGUCCUCCCAGAACAAGCCGACGAGUGAGUCCGCGGUAAGUAGCACGGGUGACCUGAUGCAUAACAAGCGGUCCAAGAUCAAGCCCGACGAAGACCUGCCCAGCCCAGGGCCGCGGGGUCAGCAGGAACAGCCGGAAGGAACAACCCUGGUGAAAGAGGAAGGGGACAAAGACGAAAGCAAACAGGAGCCUGAAGUCAUCUAUGAGACCAACUGCCACUGGGAAGGCUGCACCCGGGAGUUUGACACUCAGGAACAGCUGGUGCACCAUAUAAAUAACGACCAUAUUCACGGCGAGAAGAAGGAAUUCGUGUGCCGGUGGUUGGAUUGCUCGAGAGAGCAGAAGCCCUUCAAAGCCCAGUACAUGCUGGUGGUGCACAUGAGGAGGCACACGGGGGAAAAGCCUCACAAAUGCACUUUUGAAGGUUGCACAAAGGCCUACUCGAGACUAGAAAACUUGAAAACGCACUUGAGAUCUCACACUGGAGAGAAACCGUACGUCUGUGAGCAUGAAGGUUGCAACAAGGCUUUCUCAAAUGCCUCUGAUCGCGCCAAGCACCAAAACAGGACGCAUUCCAAUGAGAAACCAUAUGUGUGCAAAAUCCCAGGCUGCACGAAGCGCUACACAGACCCGAGUUCCCUCCGGAAGCACGUGAAGACAGUGCAUGGCCCAGAGGCUCAUGUCACCAAGAAGCAGCGUGGGGACAUUCAUCCUCGGCCCCCCCCACCCCGUGAUUCCGGCAGCCAUUCACAGUCCCGGUCGCCCGGCCGGCAGACUCAGGGAGCCCUUGGGGAGCAGAAGGACCUCAGCAACACUACCUCAAAGCGGGAAGAAUGCCUUCAGGUGAAAGCAGUCAAGGCAGAGAAGCCCAUGACAUCUCAGCCAAGCCCUGGUGGUCAGUCUUCAUGCAGCAACCAACAGUCCCCCAUCAGCAACUAUUCCAGCAGUGGGCUCGAGCUUCCUCUGACCGACGGAGGUAGUGUGGGGGACCUCGGUGCCAUCGACGAAACCCCAGUCAUGGACUCGACCAUUUCCACGGCCACCACCACCCUGGCCUUGCAAGCCAGGAGGAACCCGGCAGGGACCAAAUGGAUGGAGCACGUAAAACUAGAAAGGCUCAAACAAGUGAAUGGAAUGCUUCCACGACUGAACCCCGUCCUACCCCCCAAAGCCCCUGCAGUGUCUCCCCUCAUGGGAAACGGCACGCAGCCCAGUACCAGCUGCAGCUUGGGCGGGCCCGUGACUCUUCUCCCAAACAGAAGCGACCUUUCCGGCGUGGACAUCACCAUGUUGAACAUGCUCAACCGGAGGGACAGCAACACCAGCACCAUCAGCUCUGCCUACCUGAGCAGCCGCCGCUCCUCAGGCAUCUCCCCCUGCUUCUCCAGCCGGAGAUCCAGCGAGGCGUCCCAGGCCGAGGGCCGGCCCCAGAACGUGAGCGUGGCCGACUCCUACGACCCCAUCUCCACCGACGCCUCACGCAGGUCCAGCGAGGCCAGCCAGGGAGACGGGCUGCCCAGCCUGCUCAGCCUCACGCCGGCGCAGCAGUACCGCCUGAAAGCCAAGUACGCGGCGGCCACGGGUGGGCCGCCCCCCACCCCGCUGCCUAACAUGGAGAGGAUGAGCCUGAAGACCAGGAUGGCCCUGCUUGGGGACGGCAGGGAGCCCGCGGGGGCCCUGCCCCCAGUGCACCCUCCGCGGAGGUGUAGCGACGGGGGCGCCCACAGUCACGGCCGCCGCCCUCUGCUGCCCGCCGAUGGGCUGGGUAACGGCGUGAGGAGGGCCAGCGACCCGGUGAGGACGGUGUCCGAGAGCCUCUCCCUGCCACGGGUGCAGCGCUUCAGCAGCCUGCAGAGCUUCAGCCCUCCGGUGCUGCCUCCCUCCCUGGAAAAGCGCAACUUAGUGCUUCAGAACUACACGCGGCCCGAGGGCGGCCAGCCCCGCCACUUCCCUGCGUCUCCCUGUCCUCCGAGCAUUACCGAGAACGUCACCCUGGAGUCUCUGACCAUGGACACCGAGCUGAACCUGAACGAGGAGGAUUUCUUGCCCGAUGAUGUGGUGCAGUAUUUAAAUGCCCAGACCCAAGCAGGGUAUGAGCAGCCCUUCCAAAGCGCCGUCUCCGAUGAUGGCAAAAUGCCCCAUGGGCCCGGCCUGGGGAGUGGGCAUGGAGACUUUGACCCCCCCGGGCUGCCAGACGGCCAUGCUGGCCACGCCGGCCACGCCAGCCAGCAGUACCGGCCGCUCGAGCAGCCUUGCCCGGAAGCCAGCAAAUCCGACCUGCCCAUUCAGUGGAAUGAGGUCAGCUCCGGCAGCGCCGACCUGUGCUCUUCCAAGCUGAAAUGUGGCCAUCGGGCUGCAGCACAGCAGGCCCGAGCCUUCGGCUUCUACAGCAACAUGGGCGUCCACCCACAGCAUCCCUUGAGGAGCGGGGCCAGCCCUGCCGGGGGGUAUCCGGCCCUCGCCGAGCCCGGCAGCUCCUACGGCAGCCCAGAGCACUUGGUGAGCCACGGCAGUGGAGGCAGUGGGCCUGGCACCAAUGGGAACGCCUUCCAUGAACAGCCCUACAAGGCCCAGCCAUAUGGAAACUGCCUCAACAGGCAGCCCGGGGCCCCCGGCCUGCUCGACGGGGCCUGUGGUGCCGGGAUUCAAGCAGCAAAGCUGAAAAGCGCCACGGUGCUGGCGAACGGGAGCCAGCCAGAUUUUGGCCUGUCGGUGGCACCCAAUGAGUCAGCGGGCGGUGCCGUGAAUGGCAUGGCGCCCCAAGACCUGGUGGGCCAGGGGUACCCGGCCCCUCAGCUGCUUAGUGACCACCAAGGGGCAGGCCGCGCCGGCCAGCAGAUGCUAGGGCAGGUUAGCGCUACCUCACACAUCAAUAUCUAUCAAGGGCCGGAGAGCGGCCUGCCAGGGCCCCCCUGCCUCGGCAGCCAGCCGUCCAGCUUGGCAGCUUCCAGGGGCUACCAGGCGUGUGCCGGCUAUGGGGGCAUCAGGCGCCAGGCUGUGCUGAGGGGCAGCCUCGCUCUGCAGCAGGGACAGCUCAGUGACACCAGUCCGACCUGCAGGGUGAAUGGCGUCAAGAUGGAGAUGCACGGGCAGCCCCAUCCACUCUGUUCGAAUGCGCAGAGUUACUCUGGUCAGUUCUAUGACCAAACCGUUGGCUUCAGUCAGCAGCAAGACAUGAAAACUGGUUCAUUCUCCAUUUCAGAAGCCAACUGCCUGCUACCGGGGGCCAGCGCCGAAAACUCUGAAUUACUUUCCCCAGGUGCUAACCAGGUGACGAGCACGGUUGACAGCCUCGACAGCCAUGACCUGGAAGGGGUGCAGAUUGACUUUGAUGCUAUCAUAGACGAUGGGGACCAUGCCAGCCUGAUGUCAGGAGCCCUGAGCCCCAGUAUCAUUCAGAACCUUUCCCACAGCUCCUCCCGCCUCACGACGCCACGCGCGUCCCUCCCACUGCCCGCGCUGUCGGUGAGCACCACCAACAUGGCCAUCGGGGACAUGAGCUCUUUGCUGACCUCCCUCGCGGAAGAAAGCAAAUUCCUUGCAGUGAUGCAGUAGG